CACACUUGAAAUGAACGAGGAAGAAAAUGAACUAUGGCGGAAUCCAUGAGUGUACUACGUUUGUGACACCUGCCAACUGAUAGAUAACAUAAUACGCCUGGAAAGAUUACCAUUGAUAAGUCUCUAUGAGGAAUAAACAACAUGCCGCAGUACUACGAGGAUAAAGAAGAGGACCUUAGGGCGUGUGCUGGUGUAAGAGAAGACUUCAAGGCAUGUCUCCUUCAACACGACUGUGUCGUAAAGGAAGGGAAAUUGCCAAGCGAAUGCUUGAAAGAAGGCCAUUGCAAAGCCUUGCAGACUUCCUUCUUUGAGUGCAAGAGGUCAAUGCUAGACCCAAGGUCGCGAUUCCGUGGAAGAAAGGGAUAUUGACUCAUCCCUCUAAGGACUGUUUUUCUUCAGUAGCGAUCAUGUCACACAAUUGGGUGAAUAUUGGAUGACCCUUGUAAAUAUGGAUGCCAAGUUCAACAUGGAACCAGGCCUCGGCUGGGACGUGGUCGACCGGAAUAACUACACGUCAUAACCUAAUAAAACGAUGACAACGGCGUAGCAUUCAAGAAUAAUGCUACAGAAAUCAAUGUACACCUGAUGUUAAUGUUUUAUUUUAUUAUAAUUAUAUGUGUGGUAUGGAAAAUAAAUUUGAACAUUUGACAUUUGUUACACAUUCGAUUGGGCUGCUGUCAUACAUGAUACAUUAUAGUAAAGAUAGGCUUCAGUCAAACAAGUACAAUGGCAAUGUGCAAUUAGUGGUCCAUUGUAUUCAAACUAUUGCUGUCAAUCAUUAUUUUUUUCAUUAAUUAAUAUGGCAGUAAAUCUGUGCCAUCGGAUUUUGAAAAUAAAAAGCCAUUGAAUUCUAAGGACUGAAUAUUCAUGCAUUGAUAUAACGUAUCUGGAUUUUUUUGUCAAAUCCUUUUCAGCUAUAUUUUUCAAUGUUAAAAAAAAA